ACAACAAAAUAGUGUAUUUAUAAUUUAUCUUUAAAACCAAUAAUAAACAUAUAGCACAAAGGGUAGCUUAAGGUGAUCAGAAAUGGCUGCAGCGGUAAUUUCGAAAACACGUUGCUUAGAGUUUAUUAGACGUCGUACUGCUGCAUUUAAUUAAGCUUCAUAUCAUGCUUAUUUAAUAUUUUCCAAAGAAAUUUAAACAGCCUUAGUUGAAGGCAAACAGCUACAUAAUGAAAAGGCUUACAGAAACGUGGCGUCAAAAGAAACCAGUGAAACUGACAGAUGCUGUUGCUGAAGAAGAAUCAGUGAAAGUGAUAAACAUUGGGAAAAAGAGACUUGGAAUGGUGGCAAUUUCAUCAACAGGCAGAACCAGACAGAUCAAUUUGGAGGACCUGCCCCAUAUACCAGCAGAAACAAAUAAAAAUGGCCAACUAACGUACAGUUCCUUAAUGUCAUCAUUUGGACCUGAUCUUCAUAAAGAAAUCAUUAGUGUUGUUAAAUCUGUUCAGCAAUCGUAUCAGGCACAGUACAAAGAAGAGUCAAAUAAAAAGUGUGAUCUUAAUAAAAAUGUCAAGAGAUUACAAGCACGAACACAUUCAAAGGAAAAUUCCAGAAUUUCUCAAAGCUUGCAGCAUGAAUCUAUGAAUCCAGGGAAAAGAAAAAACCAAAGGAGUUUGGUAUCAAGUGAACUUGAGCCGAUAUUCAAGAACGCAGGUGCAUGCCAGGUAUUGUCUACACCAACCCAGAGCCCUGCUGACAAGAGAAGAAAAGAAGACUCUUUAGUAAAUGCAAACAAAAAUAUAGAGAAAUCAAUUUCACAAAAAAAAUCAUACAGUACGAAUCAAGGCAGAUCUGCUGGGUUGCCUAAAUUGUUUAGUGUCUUAGCAUCAAGGCCACCAACAGUUGUGGCACAUCCUGCCUCUCUUCACAGAUUGAAGAGACUAAAUUGUAGUGAUGAUAACAUUGAGGUUGAUAUGUCUUCUGAACCUGCUUUGGCUAAUCCUUGCACAACGAAAUGUUCUUCAAUGAAGAUUAACGUGAAUAACAAUGCAGAGAAAAACAUACCUUUUCCAAACAAAACAAAUGAGCAAACAAAGGCUGCAUUACCAUCUAAAGUUACUGAAAAGAGUGAUGAAGAGAAUACUAUAGAACAGCUGGAGAUUAAUAAAUUUUCUCCUUCAGGAAAGGGAAAUGAACCAAUUAGGACUGAUGCAGUAUCAGGACUUUCCUUGUUAACAUCAGGCUUACAGGGUCUGGAGCCCUAUGUGUCAGAAAGCAGCAUGUAUAAGCAGAAUGAAAAUAUUCUCAGUAUCAAAGAGUUUGGUCGUCAUUUCAGAGAAGGCAGGGAGCAGUCAGACCUACAGCUUCAAGAUGUAGCUGCUUCUACCCAGGCCAACCAAGAACAAACAAAUGUCCUGUCUCUGUCAGCUUGGGGACUGCCUUCUCCAGUGCUGGAAGCUUACAGAAGUCAAGGCAUCACUUCAAUGUUUCCCUGGCAAGCAGAAUGCUUAACCACUGGCAGUGUACUGGAUGGGGGUAACCUUGUAUACUCAGCACCAACCAGUGCUGGAAAGACCAUGGUUGCUGAACUCUUAAUGCUGAAGAGAGUCUUGGAGAUAAAACGAAAGGCACUGUUUAUCUUGCCUUUUGUGUCUGUCACUAGAGAAAAAAUGAUAUCUCUUCAGCGAUUGUAUCAAGAUGCUGGUAUACGUGUAGGAGGAUUUAUGGGUGGUCAUAGUCCACCUGGUGGGUUCCAGAGUGUUGAUGUUGCUGUUUGCACAAUCGAGAAGGGCAAUAGUCUUGUCAACAGGCUUAUGGAAGAGAACAGAAUGGGAGAACUUGGUGUUGUUGUCAUUGAUGAACUUCACUUAGUUGGAGAUUCUAGCCGUGGAUACCUCUUGGAGCUGCUUUUAACCAAAGUGUGCUUUUUAGCUCGAAAAUUCCGAGAAAAUGGAAACCAGAAAGCAGUUCAGGUUAUUGGCAUGAGUGCAACUUUACCAAACCUUGAUUUGUUGGCAAAGUGGCUUGAUGCUGAUCUCUACCACACUGACUUUCGACCUGUGCCACUUACAGAACACAUAAAAAUAGGCCCAGUUAUUUAUGAUGCCACAAUGAAGAUGGUGAGAGAAAUGGACACAAGGCUGACUUUUCAGGGUGAUGAAGACCAGAUCAUUCCUCUUUGCCUGGAAACCCUCCUGGCAGGUCACUCUGUGCUGAUUUUCUGUCCAACUAAAGCUUGGUGCGAGAAAAUGGCAGAGAAGAUUGCACGGGAAUUCCAUUCGAUUAUAAAGAAUCCUACGGUGCUGGCAGGGUUUACUGGAGAUACAGGAUUUAUAAGGGCAUCAGAAAUGAAACAACUUCCUGUUGACCAGGAGGCUCUGCAAAACAUUGUUGAGCAGCUGGGACGAAGCGCUGUUGGGGUUGAUCCCAUGUUAGGCCGGGUUAUUGUGUGUGGUGUAGCCUACCAUCACGCUGGUCUUACAUUUGAUGAAAGGGAUAUUGUUGAGGGGGCGUUUCGCCAAGGCCUGGUAAAAGUGCUUGUUGCCACUUCAACUCUGUCGUCUGGUGUUAAUUUGCCAGCACGCCGUGUAAUUGUGCGUUCUCCUAUGUUUGGAGGACACAUCAUGGACAUUUUAACGUACAAACAGAUGGCUGGUCGGGCUGGAAGAAAAGGAGUGGACACACAAGGGGAGUGUAUUUUGGUAUGCAAGGAAAGAGAGAAACAAGCAUCUCAAAGACUUUUGCAGGAAAAGUUACCUCAAGUUGUCAGCUGCCUUAGCUCAGGGACAGAGAGCACAAAACUUAGCCACAGCCUAAAGCGGGCGAUUCUGGAAGUGGUUGUUAGUGGUGUUGCACCUACGCCAAGUGAUGUUGCCAAGUAUGUUGACUGCACCUUGCUGUCAGCUUCAUUACCAAGCAGCAACAGCCAUAAAAACACUCUUAUCUCGUCCUGUCUGAACUUUCUGGAAGACAAUGAAUUUGUUCAUCUAACUAUUGGAAAAAAUGAAGAAAAUGAAGAGGUUCAGAAGUACCAGCCCACACAGCUGGGAUCAGCAGUUCUAUCUUCGUCCAUGUCACCAGAUGAAGGGCUAGCAGUUUUUGCAGAACUGCAGAAAGCACGAAAGUGUUUUGUGCUGUCCAAUGAGCUGCAUAUAAUUUACCUGGUAACACCAAUCUAUAACCAAGAAAUUUCCUCCAAUCUGGACUGGUACCACUUCUUUUACCUGUGGGAGAGGCUUCCACCUGACCAACGCUCUGUGGCAACAUUAGUAGGUGUAGAAGAAGGGUUUUUGACCAAGGCAGUUGCAGGCCAUGUGCCAUCAAGAACAGUCACCCAGGCACGGGCAUUGGCAGUUCACAAAAGAUUUUACACAGCUCUGGCUCUGCAUGAUCUAGUUCAAGAAAUUCCUCUGUUAAAAGUGGCUGAGCGGUACCGAUGUAACAAGGGCCAGCUUCAAUCCCUCAUGCAGUCAGCUGCCACUUUUGCAGGCAUGGUGACAGUGUUCUGUGCACGCCUGGGAUGGUCCAACAUGGAGCUUCUGUUCUCCCAGUUUCAGCAGCGCCUGACUUUGGGAAUCACUCGUGAAUUGUGUGACCUAGUUCGAAUCCCUCUGCUGACAGCUGGCAUGGCGCGCAUGAUGUUUAAUGCAGGCUACCAAACGGUGACUGCUGUUGCCCAUGCACAACUUCCGGAGAUUGAGAAUUUGUUCCGCAAGGCUUCUCCUUUUCAAAGCAACAAAAAACAAGAGGGAGAAACAGACUGGGAUCUUAAACAACGGCAAAGAGCAUGCAUAUGGCUAGCUGGCCGAAAGGGCCUGUCAGCACUUGAGGCUGCAAUAGCCAUAAUCGAUGAAGCUAAAGCUCUCAUACAAAAUGAGCUUGGCGUCAAGAUUAGAUGGGAAAAUGAUGGUGAAUCGUAUGAUAAGAGCCUGUCUGAAAGUGCUUCAUUUUUAACAAAUGAACAAGUAUCUGUGGUUGAAGAUCAACUAGCAGAGAGAAAGCUGUCUUCAGGAAGUUUUGAAAGCUUUGCUUCAAGUAGUUGUGAGGAAAGAGACAAAGCAUUAGCAUGUUUACAGUGUCCAGCAGCAAAUAGUAUUUCUCUAACCAUCAGGAGAAGCUUGGAGAGGUCAUUGUCCUCCUCAGGAAUGAAGACAAAACAUGGAUUGUCGCAACACAAGUCAAUUAAAAGAAGCAAUGCUGGUGGAUUCAUGAAUAAGACGAAAAGAAGAAGUCCAUCUUUGGGUUUCCGAUGCCCCAACCCCCAACAUUCUGUGAGGGAGGUAUCUUUUUAUGGACAGAAGGUGGUCAGUCCUCCAACAUGCUUACAGAAACAGAUACAGAGCUGCCCAAUGCUUUUGUCUAUGCAACCCAGUGAGGCCAAAACUUUGUCAGGAUCAGUAGAAAUAUCUAACAAGAAAUACAGGAGAAGGGAUAGGAGACCUCUAGUAGAAAAUUCACAGCAUGACUCUGACAGAUUACCUGGCAUCUCAGAUGAAAACAAUACUUCCAAAAUGUCCAUGGAUUCUUGUCCAGAAGUUUAUCAGCCUCAAAAUGAACAGGUAUGUGAAACCAGCUGUUCGUUGUUGUCUCCAGAGGGUACUGCAGCAGAAACAGGAAAUGUACAAGAUGCUAUCAAACAUGGUUAUAGUGAACCAGGUCAGGAAGAAAAGGAACAUAAUAAGACUCUGGAAGAUUGCUUUGAAGAGAGUUUUGUUCUUGACACACAAACUGUCAAACUAUUGACAGGUAACAGUAGUAGGGUUAGUAAGGAUUCUGAUGAACCAUGUAAACAUGUGGAUCUUGGAGCUGUCACCCAUCUCAAGACAAGCCAGAAAAAUAUUACUGUAGGUCAGGAUAAAGCAGACAGGAAAUGUCCCAACAGCAGCAAUGACUGUCAAGAGAAAGUAAUUGAAAACAAACCAAAGAAACAGAUGAAAAUAGGUGGAGGUACAGGGCUUCCUACAAUUAUUCAUGCCAAUCCUAAGGCACACACUGGUAGUCCACAAAAGGAAGACAGUCAUUUCUAUCGCAAGAGCAGUGAAAACCAACCAUCAGAGUGUCUUCAUAUAGCAGAAGAAUUGCGUCUGCAUCCAUCAAUAACAAAACAGCACACAGAUGAUUCCUGUAAAGGAUGGUGUCAUUUACAGCCAAAUGGCAUUUUCCCACAGAAUAAGUUUGUUGAAGAAGAAAUGGUUAGUGAGGUCCUGCAAGAAGAACUGCUAGACAAGGAAGAGGCAGAUGACAGAGAUGCUUCCUGGACUGUAGAUGUUGGGGAGGAGCAGUCAAUGAGCUUUAUAGCUGCCAGCAACUAUGAUCGAGUAGCGUGCCUUGAAGAAAGGGUGAUGGAAGAUGAAUCUCAUUGCUCAGGGAAUCUCAUUAAUUCUUCCUACCAGGACCUUGGCAUUGGUCACUGCAGUGGCCUUGAUCACCCAUUUGUUGCCAGCAGAAGUCAAGAGGAACUCACUGUAGAUUGUCCAGUAAAAAAGGAAGGCUGUGGCAAUGGCAGGACAAAUGUUACACAAUAUGCAGACUACAAUGAUCAAGAAGACAUAGCCCUAGCAAUGAAUUUUAGCAAUGACUCCUUUGCCUUGCUGAUAAGUAACUCAGAUAUGAAGACAUCAAGCCCUUUAGAUAAGAAUGGAUUGAAGGAUUCAGUUGCAGAUUCUGAAGAGAAUGCAAGCUGCUUCGGAGAUUCAUUUACAGCAUCUCUUAUGGACAAACUUAUGGAUAAUAACAUAACUUGUGCACAGGAUGAGCAGCACAUAAGAGAUGCAGUGAGUAAGACUGUCUCUGGAGGAGCUGCAAAAGAAAAUAAAACAGCUGCUGGAGAAUGUCCUGACUUUCAGGGUCAUGGAGUGACUAACAGUCCACCAGCUAAAAAAGUUCUAAAGCAGACCCCUACAUUGAAUGUGUACCAGCUAACUGACAAGAUUCCCAGGUCAGACAGGUCAGGGGAUGGGUCUAAAAGCACUACUCCACAGAAUGACAGCGACUUCGUGCCACCAACACCACCCGAGGAGCAGUAUUCGCAGUCAACCCCUAAAUUACGGCCAAGGCCAUUGAGGGCAUGCAGAAACCGCCUACCUGUAGAGGCCUCCACAAGCCAAGGCAAAGCACUCAGAGAGUGUCAAGCCAAAAAAGAUAGUCAAAAAAUGAUGGACAAAAGGAAUUCUAAACAACAUGAAAAGAAACAACAGUCAAUCUCAGACAGAUGCAAACGCAGAACUCCAGUCAAGUCAAACCAGUAUUCAUGUUCCAUCACCAAGAGCCCAAAUAAUGUAGGACACACUACCCAAAGCCAAGUAAAUAGUUUUAAUGAAAAAGCUUGGGAUGCUACAAAACACACACAAGGAAAUAAAGAUUUUGUAGAUUUAGGCAAACAGGAAAGAGAAUCAGAUGGUGCCGCAAUUUCUCAGUUAUCCACCCAGGAGUCAUUCACAAUCAUCGAUGUAUGUGCAAAUGCUUUGCUCUUUGCAACAUUUGUGGCUGAGUGGAAAAAAAAGAAGUCAUAUGCCAUCUCUCUCGCCUGUGAUAGGAAGACCUUGGCCAAACACCCUGGAGAAGGCAUUGGUGGAAAUUUUGUGAAACGUGCCACAUCCGAUGUUGACUUGGAAGUUUCACCUCAAGGUACUCAAGGCAUUGAGAUUCCUGGUGAUGAUGAGAGGGUGGUAGUUGGUUUAGCUGUGUCUUGGGAGCACCGUGAUGCAUACUACAUAUCCUUGGAGGAAUUUGGAAGCGGAGAUUCCAAUACUUGUUUGGAUGACACAAUGUCAGCGCCACCUAUUGAUGAUUCAAUCAUGAUAGAGCAGAGAAUUCAAGCUGUGAAAAACAUUUUGAAGAGUAGCUUGAGGCAGACUUCGCCAUCCAAUGUUAUUGUUUAUGAUUCAAAAGCAGUCUACAACAUACUGGUCAAAACAGUAGGGGCUGUAUUUGGCCACUGUCAGGAUCCAAAGAUUGCAACAUGGCUUUUGGAUCCUGGAGGCAAAGAAAGGAGUCUGCAUGGACUGGUGACCAACUUUUUACCAGAGGAUUUGGGCCUUCUGGAAGGCAUAGGUGGAGGUUUCGGCUACAGUAGUUUGGGACUGACUAUUGCCAACACCAGCUUUGGCCGUAUGAGGGCUGCAGUGGAGAGCAUCAUCAGUCGACGUCUUAUGGAUGUUUUCUGGAGAAAGCUGACAGAUGAUGGACUGGACAGGGCAUUCAUGGAGAUAGAAAUGCCAUCUGUAAUCACCAUGGCCAGAAUGGAGCUGAACGGAAUUGGGUUUAGUGAUGAAGAAUUUGAAAAUCAAAAGACGCUGAUGAUGGCGAGAUUGUCCUUUCUAGAAGGUGAAGCCUACAAGCUUGUUUCUCAUCCUUUUUCCCUGACUUCAUCUGAGGACAUUGCAAAAAUUUUGUAUCUGGAACUCCAGCUUCCAGUAAAUGGAGACCCCAGUACCACAAAACCCAUUCGAACUCUAGGACCAAGCCGCAGAGUGGCUGGUCACCAGAAGGCUGCGUUCAGUACCUCAAAAGAGGUGCUUGAAAAACUGAAGUCCUAUCAUCCCCUUCCUGCAAUGAUCUUAGAAUGGCGCCGCAUCAGCAGUGCAUUGACCAAACAGGUUUACCCACUGCAGAAAGCCAAGGAAUGGAACAAUAGGACAGCAAUGUUCCGGAUCUUUGGAGAGUGUCAGCUCCACACUGCCACCGGAAGAAUAAGCAUGUCUGAGCCCAAUCUCCAGAACAUACCCAAGGACUUUGAGAUCACUUGGUCUGCAGAUAUUAUUGAAGAAAGUCCUAAACCUGCAUUUAGCAGUGUAACAUCCAAAACAGUUCACUACAAGACAAGGGCGAGUAACUGCAAACUGAAUGCUAUUCAUGGGGCUGUUCCCCAGACAAGACUGGUGAGCAAUCCAGCCACUGCCCAGCAUGUGUCAGUCAGUAUGAGGCAUGCUUUUGUACCAUUUCUUGGUGGUGUCAUUGUCGCAGCCGAUUACUCUCAAUUAGAGCUUAGAAUUAUUGCUCACUUGUCUGACGACAAAAAAUUGAUCAGUAUCUUGAAUGAUGAUGGAGAUGUGUUUAAGAUGAUAGCUGCACAGUGGAAACACACUGCUCCAGAGGCUGUAACAGCUGAGCAGCGGCAGCAAGCAAAACAGGUGUGCUAUGGCAUGUUGUAUGGCAUUGGAGCCAAAGCGUUAGGGGAACAGCUUGGUGUCGAUGAGAAUGAUGCAGCAGCUUUCAUCGAAACAUUCAAAGCCAGAUAUACAGGCUUGCGUGUCUACUUGAGAAAAACAGUGGAAGAGUGUCGAGAAAAGGGUUAUGUAAGCACAAUAUCAGGACGUCGGCGAUAUCUCCCAUCCAUCACAAGUAUGAACCCUCAUGCUAGAGCACAGGCAGAGAGACAAGCUGUGAAUACAACUGUGCAAGGUUCAGCUGCAGACAUCGUGAAGACAGCCACGAACAAGAUAGAUCAGAAGCUGAUGAACAUAUUUCCUGCGUCAAAGCACCCCCACACGCUUAAUAAUUCUGCAACAAAAGACCUGCGUGGUGCCUUCUUAGUGCUUCAGCUGCAUGAUGAGCUCAUUUAUGAGGUUUCUCAAGAAGAUGUUGCUCAGGUGGCUGGUGUUAUCAAAGAGACAAUGGAGAAGGCAACAUCUCUCAGGGUCAAACUUCCUGUCAAGGUCAAGCUCGGGAGUAGUUGGGGACGUUUGAAGGAACUAGAGAUCUGAUGAAGGGGGUUGAAGGAAGAAAGUGUUGCAUGCCUGUCAGCAUUUGAUGUGCUGUAUAUGAGACCAAAGGCGUUCUUGCCUGUGCUCAUUAAGGUGUCCCGAGCAAUUAAUGUACCUAAGAUACAGCACUUAAAAGACUCAGUGAUAUUUUUUUAAAAAUAAGUAGUGGGAAUAAAUUGAAUAAAUUAUAUUUUUGCUCCUUUGCAAUAAAUUAAUUAUUGUCUAUUUUGGCAGUAUCUAACAUUUUUAUCUUUUUACAUUAACAUAUAUAUAUAUAUUUGUAAAUUAUGAAUGCUAAUUGUAAUAUACUAUUCUCUUAUACUGAACCUUUUUUUCACUUGUAACAAAAAUUGUACAGAAUAUAUUUUUGUAAUGUUCCAUUGAAAAGUGCUAAGGUUGGUAUUUUAACUUAUUUUACACUUUUCAUUUAUUUCUAUAUAUAUAUGUGUGUGAGGUCCAUUUACUAUGCACACAAAUAUUUGUGUUUAUACAUAUAAAGCCUUUUUACUACUUUGUAUUUUCAUGAUAAAGAUGGAAAAAAAGCUGUUACAUAUUAUCUUCUUUCUCUUCAGCCAGACAACUUCGUAAAUUAUCCUUAGCAGUUUAUUUACUGUGAGAGGAGCUAUCUUAACCAUCAGGAGAUAAAACAUUUUAAACAAUUGUGCAGUCCUUCUGAUUCACACAGUACUUAAUAGCGAAUUUAACCGUCCUCUAAAAAACCUUUUGAAAUGUUUCAGAGAUCAUAAGACAUUGUAAAACAAUUUUUUAACAGUAUGCAAUUGUGAAUACUUCUAAAUACAUUCUUUUAAAUACACUUUAUAUUUAUAUUUCACCUUUACAACCCACGUGCAACAAUCUGCAAUAACUUUUUUUUUUUGUCGUUCGCCUCUUUUAUCACACUUGGAGACCAGCUCUUGAUAUGAAAUUGGUGGUCUUCUGUAGAGUCUCCACUGGCCCGUACAGCUUGUUGUGCAGGGUCUCCGACUGUGGCCACGUCUCUUCCCUCAGGGUACGGAGGUUCCUACAGUCCUGUAGGAUGUGUUCUGCAAUUACUGUAGUAGAAAAUUUAUUUUUGUGCAGUGUAUUUAUAAAAGUGGGUGUUGCAAUAUAGUUUGUAAUUGAUGAAGUUUUUUGCAGCUCCUUUUAUAGCUUCUGAAAUUGGUAUCUUUGCUGUAGGAUACAUAGUUUUACUGUGACACCAAAAACGACUGCCUGAUGCUUUGUCACUAAUUUUUUUGUGAAGAAAUAUGUUAUUGUUUGAGUUUCUUUGUAGUAUUGUGAACUGUCAGUUUCGUUUGUGUUUGUUUAUUUUAUAUUUUUCACAGUACAUUGAUCUCGCCUGCACAUGGGAAAUACACUCUGCCUAAUAAAUUAUUAUUAAUUCA